GUCGGUCCCAGCGCGACCCGUCAUGCGCACUGCUUGUUACGCACCGCGCGCGCUCGACGAAACGAAUUUAUCGAAAUAUUCGAAUCAAUACGUUGACUAACGGUUUUUAAGGCAAAUAUAAGCGACAAAAACUGUGCAGUGCUAGUUUCAGUGCCGAUACGACUGUCGAAACUGUUUUUAUUUCAUGUUUACUAAUUUUACUUCUGUCGGCGUCCGCUAGAUCGAUAAUUGUGUUAAUCCCGAUCGUUUUAAUUAAGUGUGAGCGUUCCUUUAAAGGUGAAUAAUGAAGAUGUAAUAUGAUGUUCUUAUAGAACUAAUUAAGGUAAUUGAUGAACAUGUGAAUGGAAUGAUUUUGAUCAAAUUCUAAUUAAAUCAGUGAUGGUGUUGAUUAGCGAUGCCAGACUGGCGAUACAACGUGCUAUCUACGAGCGAGGCGUACAUCAGCGCUGAGGCUGUGUCCCAGCCAGCGUGCGAUCCCCUGGCCGCCAGCUACCCGCGCCGCGCAGACCGUUCCAGGCCUCCACAUACCUGCCCUUACACAACUAUAUUCCUUGCUAACCGUGGCAAUAAUCCGCCCUGUCGCAUACCCACCUUAAAAACCGAUGGUGCAGAUCCAUACGGCGAUGUUUACUCCGUGGAUCGCUCUUCGAAUCUCACCGAUACUUCAAGUUUUGCUCGAUAUGAAGACUGUCGUUCCCAAGAAGACGAAAGUGUAUUGUUGAAUGAUGAAUUAAUUAACGAAACGAUAUCGAACCCCAAUAUAAAGCUGCACGUACAAAAAGUGCCAUAUAGUACGUCUAGUGUAUUUUACGUGACUGCGAAAAAGGAUGUAACCAACAACGAGGUACAGGGAAAUGAUUUGUUUUUAGUGGAAGGAUCAGAUUCAGAUGCGCUAUCAUCAUGCACGUGCGAUAGCUUUGAAAGGUGUGAAUUCGAUUGCAGAGAUUUUGAACCAUUCUCAGACACUUGUUGUUGCGACCCACUCAGUGAUGGCAUGUGUAGUCGCAGUCCAAAAGAUGUUGAUUCACCAGAGCACUUUUGCGAUAAAGCGGCGGAUGAAGAUGGGUUAUCCACCCGGAGUGAUAUGGACGGACUGGAUCUAGCUCUAUUCGAACCGGCGCAAUCUGAUUCAAAUGGAUGUGGAUUUAAGACUUCGGGGCACAAUACUGCGUCUGUUACAACUGCUUUAUGUGGGAUACUGUACGCCUUACCGGAUACUAGUAAAGACGGCGCGCCGAGUGCAGCGAGUGGGGCCGCGCUGGGGGUGCCGCCGUCCUGGGAGCCGUUCUACUGCGUCCUGCAGCAGGACCGUCGCACCCUCACUGCCUACACCAGCGAGGAACUUGCUUCUUUUCCUGGAUUCUAUGUGGAUAAGGUUGCCAAUAACAACGGCGAGUACACAACUCGGAGUCUUCCUAGAGUGAGAUUAGAUGGUGGAAACGCGGGGAAUGCAGGAGUACGACUACGGUGCUGGGCGGCGCCACCUUCCAUCACCGAAGAGGAGGCAGAAGAUGAAAUCGAAGAAGAUGCCGUUUCUUUACGAGCUAUCCCUGUUCAAGACACGUCAUACGAGAAAGCAUGUCGGCGGGGAUCGGCGCCGAGCACACCGGUGCCAGGGGCACAGGCUCAGCACAGCCCUUCACGGCUUGCGUCCUUCUUCUUCUCGAAGAGGUCUUUUCGCAGCAACCCACUGAAGAGAACCAAAUCAGCCACAAAGUUGGAGAGAGAACGAGCUUUGGCGGCAGUGCCUACACAUCCAACCAGUCAUGCUUUACGGACGUCAAGAUCUCACGAAAGCCUUCUGUCAGCACACUCGCCCGCCGUGUCCACAAUGGACUUGGGACCGCCUAAUCAAGUAGAAAUACGCGCACUUCACUCUUCAGUGCUGGGCCGGCCACAUUGCUUCGCUCUCAGCGCAGAGAACCGGGCGCCUCGCUACUUCGCCUGCGCCUCGCGAAAAGAACGGGACCGCUGGAUAUACAGCUUGCGGCAAGCAGCACGGCCGGAUGAGGUACGCACGCGGCGCUGCGAGCGGACCGUCAAGCUGUGGCUGCUCGAAGCGAAGGCUAUACCGCCCAAGAAGCGGUACUACUGCGAGAUUUUGCUCGACGAUACGCUUUACGCAAGAUCGUCAUCGAAAUUAAAGAGCGAGCUAUGUUUCUGGGGCGAGGUGUACGAAUUCAGCGGACUGCCGGCUGUGGGCAACAUCCAUGUGAACGUGUAUCGCGAGCCCGAACGGCGCGCGCGCAAAAGGGACAAGCACGCCCUAGUCGGUACAGUUCGCAUCCCGGUCGACGACGUAUCGUCGCGAUACCUCAACGAGCGGUGGUACCCCUUGUCGGAGGGCGACAAACCGCAGUCGCCGGGCGGUCGCGCCCCUCCCGCGCCGGCGCCGGCGCUGCGCAUCAAGUGCCGCUAUCAGUGCGUCGAUGUACUGCCAUUGGACCACUACGCAAGAUUCCUUGAGUACUUGAAGAGGAACUAUAGACGACUUUGUGAAUAUCUUGAACCCGUUAUCGGAGUCAAAGCAAAGGAGGAUAUAGGCUGUGCCCUGGUGCUAUGCAUGGCGGGCGCCGGUCUCGCGCCGCGUUACCUUGCGGACGUGGUGGCGUUAGACGUGCGACGAACCGGCGACCACUCCCUCACCUUUCGGGGCAACUCGCUCGCCACCAAGAGCAUGGAGGCUUACCUGAAACUUGUCGGUGAUCAGUACCUGCAGGACACUUUAGGCGAAGCAGUAGCGACCGCGGCGGGUCCGGGUGCGGCGGAAUGUGAAGUGGAUCCACUGCGGGCGGGUAGCGGUGCGGCUUUGCGGAGGCAGCAGGCCGCCCUGCGGGACGCCGUCACGCUCGCGUGGCGGGCCAUCGCAGCGUCGGCUCCGAGGUUCCCGCCGCCACUCCGAGACUGCUUCGCUACCUUUCGUGAAAGAUUGACAUCCAUGGGGCGAGAAGAUAUUUCCGAUAAUUUGAUCAGUGCAUCUAUUUUUCUACGCUUCCUGUGUCCAGCUAUUUUAUCUCCGAGUCUCUUUGGUAUCAUUCACGAAUACCCGAAUGAGCGGGCGGCGCGUAACCUGACGCUGGUGGCGAAGACGCUGCAGACGCUGGCUAACUUCACACGCUUCCAGGGCAAAGAGGCCUUCAUGGAGUUCCUCAACGACUUCCUCGAGCUUGAGGCUCCCAACAUGAAGUCCUUCUUGAGAGCCAUAUCUUCACGACCGCUAGAGCAGCAACAGCAACAAAUCCAACAACAACAUCAAGAAGGCAGCAAUCGGAAUUCGUCCACCUCCCAGGGGUCUACCGCGGGAUCGGAAGGUUCCCGUGGGGAGUGUCCUCCAGCUGUUGAAGUGGAUCCAGAAUGGGCGCCACACGUCGAUCUUGGCAAGCAGAUGGCCACGCUACAUGCAUUGCUCGUGGAUAGUCUGCCGAAGUUACCUGCUGGCAGGAUACAGGAGCUAGAUCCAUUGUCCGAUAUCCUGGAUGAAUUGAGCAAGAGGCUACUAAGCAACGACAUCGGACCUGCGCCGCCUAUUACUGAUAAUAUAUUCAGGUUCAACGAUCCAACGUGCAACUCGUCAAUCAAACCAAACAACACAGAGGUUACGACUAACGGCCAAGCGAACAACUUUGCCCACAGUUCGCCAAUUAUGAAUAAGAACGGCAUCCAGUUCAACAUCAGCCCUUCUAAAUCUAACGCAGAAGAAUCCAAGUACAAAGGAUCUUACGUCGGUGUCGCUAAAUCGCCUAGCUUCAACUUACGGUCAGCGACGCUUCCAAGAAAUGGGUACGGAUCGAGCCCAGCCAAUCAAAACGUGAACCCUGAUAGGUACAGCUCACAAUACAACAAUCAAGAACACUGCGUAAAUCUGAAGGUCGUACAAAUUGGCUUCAGUUCAGAUCAAUAUCCAAAAGGCACCAACAAUAGUGUUAAUGAAAGUUUGGAAAGAAGAUUCCAAGACAGAUACAAACCAAAUAAUUAUAACAAUCAACAGAAUAAUUUCCAUAGCUCUAAUUAUAACGGCACUGAAAGAUCUCCCAGCAGCGACAGCAUCAAUCACAACUAUUGCACCAGUGACAUGCAAAACAUCAUUAAAGACACUGCGACACUCGAAGAACUAUCGGAUCUCUUAAAGUACGCUGACGAUUCCGACAUUGUAGAAGACAAACUCAUAAUGAACAAAAAGAAUUUGGCACAGUCAAAAUCUAAUAACAAUAAUAAUAUCGCAAAUGGAAAUAAAGUAAAUUACACAAACAACGGUUCGAAUGUGUCUAUCAGUGGAUUAUCAAACGUCGCCAGCUCUGGUUACCAAAGCAUUGCUACCUACAGCCAAAGUUCUAGUCCCAUCGAAAACUCAACGCAUCCUCAUCAACCGUAUGAGAACGGAGGACAACCAAUGAGCCGAUACUCGCAGCUAAACUACCAAAAACAGAGAGACAAGCAGUAUUACGAUAGCAAAAACGAAAAAUUCUAUCCAAAGAGCCCAGUACAACAGAAAAUUGAGUACGACAUUCAAAAGUAUGGCAUACAAAAUUUCACAACGGCGGACAACGCACAAAACAACACGAAUGCUAUUUCAAAGAUAGCUCCCUUAGUAUUUACGAAUCCUGUGUAUAACAUGGACGACAACCGUCAACCGCAGGAGAAAAAGAGGAACAAUGAAAACAGAAACUCAAAACGAUGUUCGUGUGGCUCAUCCAGUUCAUCGAUAGAUGAGGAGGGUUUGAGCACAGACAACGUCGAAACUAACUCCGAAGAAGGUUCCAACAAUUUCAACGAUGAUGGUAGAAACUAUGACCAGCAGAACCAUAACAAUACCCACCGAAAACUUACUAGAGAUAAUUGUAACUAUGAAGACUUGUACCCGAGGAGCAAUCACAGUCAUUCCCCGAGGCUUAGAGACGAUGAAUCAUCGAGCAACUCACCCAGUCUGCGGAAGAGUAGCAAGACUCGAAUGCCCAGGACGAACCCGAUGCUCUCUUAUUCUACAAACCAAAAUCAAUUGAAUCUGAAGCAUUUCGGACAGCGAGGCGAAUCAAUAUAUGAAAGUAAGCCUCAUCAUAUCUCAACCGAUUCUGGUUAUCCUAUGAGCAGAUCAGACUCCAACGUGGAAGAAGUGAACAAAGAAAUGUAUCGGUUACAAAUAUCUCGAAGUCAGAAAGCAAUGUAUAACAUGGAAAGUGCGAAGGGUUCGCCCGAGAAGUACUCUAUUACGGAAAGUACAAUUCCAGAGACCAAUUAUCCACUGGAUAGGACGUACUCGGGAGCGAAAAUGUCGAGUAGCAGAUUGAACGAAGAUGUGGAGAGACACUUUGGGGGAAGAGAGCGAAGGGAGUCGCCUUCACGAGUAUUCAGUCGGGAGUCGCAGUCUAGUGAGGCCAGUGACCGCGCGCAAGUACGCAGCGACAGGGAAGUAGGAGGCCGCGACAAACUGCAGCGGCGGCUUAGCCUCGAGUCCAAGCGAGACCUCACCGACAGCUCAGACGAGGUCGAAGACACGUUGUACAGUACUACAGGAAGGCGACGCGCAUCCAAACAUCACAGAACUAUUGAACAGUAUGAACGAGAAAUCGAGAGGCUAAAGUGUUCAGUAGAAUUACUGCGUGGAAGAUUGCCAACGGAACCUGGACAAGACCAUACCGAUGCCAAGAUGAAGGCUAUAAUCUCAAGAUUAAUAUGCGUGGAGGAAGAGCUGCGCCGCGAGCAGCGCAAAAUGGCGGCGGCGCUAUCGCACAAGCAACGCGUAAUAGAAGCGCAGGAGCAUCGCAUCGCAGCGCUUGACGAGGCUAACACGCGCCUGCUUUCCGCGCUGGUGCACCUGCAGCAACGUGCACCUGCGCCCAGCCACACCGCACACCCCUCGCACCCCUCGCACCCUUCGCAUCAAGAGCUGCAGAUCUAGUUCGUCGUCCAGAGGAUUAGUCUAAAAACGUUAAGAAUGAAGUAGGUGUCACAUCACUGAACUUUUUAUUGGUCAGUUUGGUUUCCUGAACAGUGUCUUAACGUGCAUCGAAAUAAUAAGCUCGAGUUAUAGUAGUAGCGUGAGAACCUGAACGUAAAGGUAUAAAGGUUCGAGACUUGACGUAUAAGAAUUUGAAGACGUAUUUAACCCGCAGAUGUUAACUUGACUACUGUGUUAAAAUAUAACUAGGUACCCAUAAUGUUUCUGUGAAUCGUCUAAUAACGUUAAAAAUUCGUAAGUUGGCAGUCUUAAAACUAUUUUCUACUAUUUAAUUUUGGAAGGAAAAUGAUUAUCAAAAUUUUAUCUUCAUUUACUUCAAAACGUAAUGUUGAGCACAACCAAUAUUUUGGAAAAUUACUUACUAUCGAAAAUGCAUUUAUAACUUACCAGUAUAUUUUUCUAUAUAUUUUAACGUCCUUGUAUGAUAGCUGUGAAAUGUUUUAUUUAUAACAACAUUAUCUAACGUGCUUAGUAAUCUGAAUCACAAUAUUGCCAUGUGUUGUUGGUGUAAAGUGGAAUGAGAUGCUUUAAAUGACAUUACUUAAUUCGUUUCCAAUCAGUAUUCUUAAAUAUAACCCGUAAAUGUUUGCAUCCUGUUUGUUUUGUUUUUUGUAACGAUGAUACCAAAGACAAUUGAUUAUCCCUUAGACUAGAGUUGUAGUGGUUGAACCACGCACACACUACAAUUAUAACCCUAGCAUUGUAUUAAAAGAAAAUAUUAUAGCUUUUUUAUAAUAAUACAUAGCUAAUAUAAGACUUGUAUGAUAAUACCGUAGAGAACAUUUUAGUCUGUAGUGCGUAAUUGUGGUACCGACGAAAAUAAAUAAUAUUUUUAAUACUUUUGCUGUAAUUACUAUACGGACAACUAGUGUUGUGGGGCAGAUAUUAAAAAAACAAAAGAGUGUCGUGUUAUUCAAUAAUUUUCGAACUUCCUCUGUGAACAAUACAAUUUAAUGUUUUUUCUCAAUUGAUCAUAGUUAUUGUGUAAUUACAACUAACUGUCUUACAGUGAAAUAUUAAUUUUAAGAUUUACUUUAUGUAAGUAUACCUAAUCAAGUAGGUAUGCGUUAUUAUCCCAUUAAAUUAUAAAAUACAU